CGCACUACUGGUUCCGACCCCGCGAUGUCGGUGCCGCUCCCCGCCGCCGCCGAGGCCGAGGCCCAGAGGAAGCCGGAGGAGGUGCGGGCUCGGCCGAGUCAGGGCCCCGGGCCGCCGGACCCGCUGGGGCCGGGCUACGUGCUGGGGCUGGACUUGGGCAGCAGCGUGAUCCGCUGCCACGUCUAUGACCGGGCCACUCGGAUCCACGGCUCCGGCAGCCAGAAGGUAGAAGUGAUUUAUCCUCAAAAUGGCUGGGUUGAAAUAGAUCCUGAAGUUCUUUGGAGUCAAUUUAUUGCUGUAAUAAAAGAAGCUGUACAAGCUUCAGGAAUACAAAUGCAUCAGAUUGUUGGCCUUGGAAUCUCAACACAGAGGGCAACGUUCAUCACAUGGAACAAGAAAACAGGAAAUCAUUUUCACAAUUUCAUAAGUUGGCAAGAUCUAAGAGCUACGGAGCUUGUGAAAUCUUGGAAUAAUUCUUUUCUGUUGAAGCUAAUACAUAAUUCCUGCAAAGUACUUCACCUUUUCACUCGAAGUAAAAGACUUUUAGGCGCCAGUUUAUUCACUUUUACGACUCAGCAAGUGGGUUUGAGAUUGGCCUGGGUUUUACAGAACAUGACUGAGGUACAGAAAGCAGCUGCAGAAGAAAACUGUUGCUUUGGGACCAUUGAUACUUGGCUACUGUAUAAGCUCACAAAAGGUUCUGCAUAUGCCACAGACUUUUCGAAUGCUAGUACAACUGGAAUUUUUGACCCAUAUCAGAUGUGUUGGAGUGGGCUCCUUACUUCUAUGCUUUCAAUACCGGUCUCUCUCCUGCCCCCUGUGAAAGAUACAAGUCACAACUUUGGAUCAGUGGAUAAAGAAAUACUUGGAGUGUCCAUACCAAUUGUGGCCUUGGUAGCUGACCAACAGGCAGCCAUGUUUGGGGAAUGCUGCUUUCAGAGAGGAGAUGUGAAGCUCUCUAUGGGAACAGGGACUUUUUUGGAUAUUAAUACUGGAACUAACCUUCAACAGACUGUUGGAGGUUUCUAUCCAUUAAUUGGUUGGAAGAUUGGUCCAGAAGUUGUAUGCUUGGCUGAAGGAAAUGCAGCCGACACUGGUACUGCCAUAAAAUGGGCCCAGAAUUUGAAUCUUUUCACAGAUGCUGACGAGACUGAAAAAAUGGCUAAAAGUUUGCCAGAUUCUGAAGGAGUUUGUUUUGUUCCAUCUUUUAGUGGAUUGCAGAUUCCAUUAAAUGACCCCUGUGCAUGUGCCUCUUUUAUGGGUCUAAAGUCUUCCACCAAUAAGUAUCACCUUGUACGAGCCAUACUGGAGUCAAUAGCUUUCAGAAAUAAACAAUUGUAUGAAAUGAUGCUAAAGGAGAUUGACAUUCCUGUUACCACAAUUCGGGCAGAUGGAGGAGUCUGCAAGAAUAGUUUUGUUAUGCAGAUGACUUCUGACCUGAUCAAUGAGAAGAUAGACAGGCCUGCCCAGAUAGAUAUGUCUUGUUUAGGAGCUGCUUUUCUGGCUGGUCUUGCAGUUGGUUUUUGGACAAACAAAGAGGAGUUAAAGAAGCUGAGAGAGAGUGAGAGAAUUUUUGAGCCACAGAGGAAAUGGAAAGAAUAUGAACCUAUUAUGGAAAAUUGGGUCAAGGCUGUAAAGCGUUCCAUGAACUGGUACAGCAAGAUGUAACAGCAGAUGGGAGAAGAAUGCUCCACUGCUUUUUGAGGGGGAAACCUUUUUAUCAUAAUUUUUAUCCAACCUUUAAACUUGCUAAGACAACAGUACCUCAUAAAUACACCUUUCAUGGUCCUAUGUUUUGUAGCAGCCUUCCAAGCAGAGUGUGUCCACCAUAUCCAGUUGUGCUUUGGCUGCUCCAAAAUUUUUCUGUCUUACUUUGGGUCUUCAUCUUAAAAAAAAAUAAUAUUGUAAAUCAGUGUUAUAACUGAACAUUGUGAUUUGUUACCAACAAUUUUUGGUGAAUGUCAUUCAAGUUUUAAUUCAAAAAUUAUGUCAUUUUUUGCCUUGAAUUAGAUUUAUUUACAAUCCAUAUACUAAAUAAAAAGGAUGACUGUGCCAAAAUAUUGUAGCAGUGAUGAAGCAACACUAAGAUUUUUUAAAUUUAAAUCUACAAUUGUUCCAUGUUCUGUCCAAACGUGAGCUGUCAAUAUUUGGUUUUUAGACUAAAUUUCUUUAUUGGUUAGUGGAUCGUCUCUUUCUAGCUGCCUUAAUUUUUGUUUUCCUGUGAUAUAAGAACAUUUUUUCUUUGCGGAUUUGCUAACAAACAUUUCCUAAUUGGUCAUUUGUAGUGUUUGAAAAAAUACUGUUUUUUUCAUUGAUAAAAAUAAUAGUGUUUGCUA